GAUCAAUCAUCACACUCUCUCUUUCGAGAGAGGCACGAUUGCUCACAAAUGUCCGAAUACAAUGAGCAAUCUCCGCCGGCCGAUCUCCCCGGGUCGGGUCCGGGGACCUCUUCCGACUUCCAGUCUCUUUGCUCGGACCAGGUUCUAGAGAAUGUUUUAGAGAAUGUGCUCCAAUUCCUCACAUUUCGCCGUGACCGCAGCUCAGCGUCUCUGGUGUGUAAGUCUUGGUACCGUGUGGAGGCCCUGACCCGAUCCGAACUCUUCAUCGGCAAUUGCUAUGCAGUCUCGCCUCGCCGGGUUACUUCUCGAUUCGCUCGUGUCCGCUCCGUCACGCUGAAGGGGAGGCCCCGGUUCGACGAUUUCAACCUCAUGCCGCCGAACUGGGGGGCCCACUUCACUCCUUGGCUUAACGCCAUGGUGAAAUCCUACCCUUGGCUCGAGAAGCUUAACCUCAAGCGCAUGUCCAUCACCAAUAAUGAUCUCGAUCUUCUUGCCGAGUCCUUUAUCAGAUUCAAAGAGCUUGCUCUCGUUUGUUGCGAGGGCUUUGGUACCAACGGCCUCGCCGUGCUUGUUAGCAAGUGCAGACACCUCAAAGUGCUGGAUCUGAUUGAAUCUGAGGUUACAGAUGAUGAGAUGGACUGGAUAUCGUGUUUUCCAGAGGGUGAAUCCUGCCUUGAAUCGCUGAUUUUUGAUUGUGUAGAAUUCCCGGUUAAUUUCGAGGCAUUGGAGAGGCUGGUAGUUAGGUCCCCUUCAUUGAAGAAACUUAGGGUGAACCGUGACAUUUCAAUAGGGCAGCUCUACUGCCUGAUGAUUCAAGCUCCACAGGUCACACAUCUUGGGACAGGCUCAUUCAGCCUAUUGGAUGGUGUGGCACAAGCUGAGCAAGAGCCGGAUUAUUUGUCUGCUUUUGCUGCUUGCAAAUCCUUGGUCUGUCUUUCAGGUUUUAGGGGAAUAAUUCUGGAUUACCUUCCUGUUGUCCUUCCUGUUUGUGCAAAUCUCACCUCGCUGAAUUUCAGCUAUGCUAACAUUACUGCAGUGCAGCUCAAACCAAUCAUAAGCCAGUGCCACAAACUCCAGACUUUUUGGGUCCUCGAUUCUAUAUGUGAUGAAGGACUUCAGGCGGUGGCUAUGGCAUGCAAAGAACUCCGUGAGCUCCGUGUCUUCCCAAUUAAUGCCCAGGAGGAUAUUGAAAGCCCUGUGUCCGAGGUUGGCCUCCAAGCAAUCUCCGAAGGUUGCAGGAAACUGCGGUCCAUACUAUAUUUUUGCCAGCUGAUGACUAAUGCAGCCGUUAAAGCCAUGUCAAAGAACUGUCCAGAUCUUGUAGUGUUCCGUCUUUGUAUAAUGGGGCGUCACAGGCCUGAUCAUGUGACCGGAGAACCUAUGGACGAGGGAUUUGGAGCCAUUGUCAUGAACUGUAAGAAGCUCACUCGUCUAGCUGUAUCAGGAUUGUUAACUGAUAGAGCUUUUAGUUAUAUUGGAAAAUAUGGGAAAUUGGUUAGGACUUUGUCCGUUGCUUUUGCUGGAGACAGCGAUAUGGGGCUAAAAUUUGUCAUGGAGGGUUGCCCAAGAUUGCAGAAGCUUGAGAUUAGGGAUAGUCCAUUUGGAGAUGCAGCUCUACGUUCUGGCUUACACCAUUAUUACAACAUGAGAUUCCUUUGGAUGUCAUCAUGUAGGUUAUCUCGUCAAGGUUGCCAGGAAAUUGCUCAAGCAUUGCCCCAUCUUGUGGUGGAGGUGAUAGAGACUGAACAGAAGGAGAUGGAUGAUAAUGUCGAGACUUUAUACAUGUAUCGCUCCCUCAACGGGGCAAGAGAUGAUGCGCCAAAUUUCGUUACAAUCUGUUAGGCAUCCGAGACGUAGGGAAGUUGUAAAAGCUGUUCUCACUCUGACUUUAGGGCAGUUGGUGACCUAUUUCACAGUGAAGUCAAACGCAGCGGGUGCCUUUUACAUAGCCGAUGAGAAGGUUUCCAAGUCAUCUAAAACAGGUUUUGGUCGGGUGGGGCUGUUGCAAGCGCAUUCAAAUCAGAAGGUCUGCAAAGAACAACUUUUUUGUGGGACUUGGAAGAGCAGUCUGAUGCAAAUAUAAGGUGUUGGACAUAGGAUGUUGCUGUAUCGGUACACUUCUAAAUUUAUGGGUUUUUUUUUCUUUUUUGUAAUUUUAUGUUCAUUUUACCUAACUAAGGCUACCAGAGGAGAGGGAUGUGUGUAUUGCUACAUCAGGAAAUCAACUUAGCAAAUUGACAAUCCAAUUUGUCCAAGGAAAUGAAUGAAAAUUCCGAGAAAAGUCACAUGAGAAUCUUUCCUUUAACAGAACCGGGAACCCAUGGGGAAUCAAAGGUGAGGGCCAACUGUUCACUCUCCAAAGGAAGAAAGUAUAAAGUAGCAUGUUUUUAUUCAAAUGGUGAUUAUUUAGAUUAAGCUGUAGCUGGUGAGAAUGCCUAAACUAGUACAUCUCUCUUUCUCAGUGUUUGUUUCUGUAUCAGAUGUGAUGUUGUAGCACCUGACUGUUGAAUUGAUUGUUGUUGUUGUUAUUGUUACUGUUAUAAUAUGUAUAAAUGAUGUGAAAUGUCUCAAUUCAACAGUUAAUUUAUUGCGUUGA